AUGUUUGCUUAUAGGAAUAGGGGUGCAUUUGGUAUCUCCAGAUCCAACAAGAUACGAAGUAGCUCAUUCACACGAACACCGAAAAUUACAUAUCUGACAAUUAAUAUAAUUAGAGACACCAAUAAGGGAACAAAUUCGUCAACGUAUCGAUAUUUUAUACGACCCGGGAUACUAAUAGUUGGUCUCGGUGGUUCAGCGUACUUGAUCGAUAGAUAUGCAUAUUCAUCUAUAAUGACUAGAUCCAUCAGGGCACUUUAUGUUAUGUUGUGGAUAGCUUAUGAGUAUUCUCGUAAUAUAGCCAAAUAUGAAACAAUAAGUGAUUUACAUAAUGUUGCUGCAGAAAGGUUGUUGAAUAUGCUAAGAACAAACAGAGGUCUUUAUAUCAAGCUAGGGCAGGCAAUUGCUAACCAAGGCGACUUUUUUCCUAAAGAAUAUCAAAAGAAAUUUGUUAAGUUAUAUGAUGAUGCGCCUGUAGAUACAUGGGAGCAAAUUGACAAGGUAUUGAGGAAGAAUUUGGGUGAGAAUUAUGAGAUGGAGGUAUUUGAUAGUAUUGACCAUGACCCAGUUGCAAGUGCUUCUAUUGCACAAGUGCACAAGGGUAAGUUAAAAUCCAAUGGCGAAUCUGUAGCCAUCAAAGUACAACAUCAUUAUAUCAACGAGCAGAUAGUUAUCGAUCUAUUCAUGUACAAAUUGAUUUCUAAAAUUUAUGAAAGAGUGUUUGAUAUACCUCUAAGUUUUUUCACAAAAUAUGUAUCCGAGCAAAUGAUAGAGGAAGCAGACUUUGUAAAUGAAAUGGAGAAUGCAAGCAAGUUGCGACAAAUAAUCAAGAAGGAUGAAAGUAUGAACAAUACGAAUAUUUAUAUUCCACAUAGCUAUUCUGAUUUAUCGAAACGACAAGUUCUCAUAACUGAAUGGUGUGAUGGGGUUGCGCUAACAGAUAAAGACAAAUUGAUUGCAUCCGAUAUUGAUUUAACUUUAGCUAUGAAGCAAUAUAUCAAGGUGUUUGGUAAACAAAUAUUCGAAUAUGGGUUCAUUCAUUCAGAUCCGCAUCCAGGAAAUUUAUUGGCUAGAUUUGAUAAUGCCGGCAAUCAGCAACUUGUGAUUUUGGAUCAUGGUCUCUACAUUUCCUUACCUAAUAGUUUUCGUAUAGAGAACUGUCAGCUUUGGGAAUAUCUAUUCUCGUUUAAUACUCAAGGCAUAGAAGAAAUAGGUCGCGAAUGGGGAAUUGGUUCCACAGAAUUAUUUGCAACGUUAGUUCAAUUGAAGCCAAUUAAGAUAAGCACCGAAUCCACUAAUAGGGGUGAUUCGGAUAUUAAUAGUUUGUUGCGCGAUUUUUUAAGUGAUGAAGAGAAAUUCCCGGUUGAGCUUUUGUUCUUGACAAGAACCAUGAGAAUGAUUCAAAAUUUGAAUCGAAAUUUUGGUAGUCCAGUUAAUCGAAUUAAUUUAUUAACAAGUGAGCUGAUAAAUGCAUUAAUGCUUGAAAAUUCUCACUCUGUAACGACUAUAAGUUCAAGGAUUUUGCAAUAUUUUAAGCUAUUUAAGGUUAGGUGUGUCUUAUUUGUUAGUAAUUUGGCAUUUUAUUUGGUAAGGCUUAGACAGUUAUUAUCUGGUGAUAAGUAUGGUGAUAAAAGUAUUGGAAUUGAAGAUUAUCUUGAAGUCUAUCUUCAAAAUACUGCCCUGUCAUUAGGUGUAGACUGGACAUAA